CGGCGGCCGGAGGUGGUGCCGGCGCGGUCCCGAGCGGUGCGGAGGCCUAGGCCUGACGCGGGCCACGCAGCGGCGCGAGGCCAAGCCCCGGGACGGCGGCGUCCUGGACACCCCGGAGCGAUGGAAGCGGCGGCGCCGGCGGCCGGGGCGGCGGCCUGCGAGGAGCUCGACAUGGAUGUGAUGAGGCCCUUAAUCAAUGAUCAAAGCUUUGAUGGCACCUCAGAUGAAGAGCAGGAGCAGGAGCUGCUGCCUGUCCAGAAGCACUACCAACUGCACAACCACGGAGGCAUUUCAUUUAUCCAGACUCUUAUGCAUCUUCUUAAAGGAAAUAUUGGCACCGGGCUUUUAGGACUCCCACUGGCGAUAAAAAAUGCAGGUGUAGUGCUUGGACCAGUCAGCCUUGUGUUUAUAGGAAUUAUUUCUGUUCACUGUAUGCACAUAUUGGUACGUUGCAGUCACUUUCUAUGUCAGAGGUUUAAAAAGUCAACUUUAGGCUAUAGUGACACAGUGAGUCUUGCUAUGGAAGCAAGUCCUUGGAGUUAUCUUCAGAAGCAAGCCGCUUGGGGACGGAGUGUAGUUGACUUUUUUCUGGUGAUAACACAGCUGGGAUUUUGCAGUGUUUAUAUUGUCUUCUUAGCUGAAAAUGUGAAACAAAUUCAUGAAGGAUUCCUGGAGAGUAAAGCAUUUGUUUUGAAUAGUACCAAUUCAUCCAGCAUAUGUGAAAGAAAAACCGUCGACCUAAGGAUAUAUAUGAUUUGCUUUCUUCCAUUUAUAAUUCUCUUGGUCUUCAUUCGAGAGCUAAAGAAUCUAUUUGUGCUCUCAUUCCUUGCCAACAUUUCUAUGGCUGUCAGUCUUGUGAUAAUCUACCAAUACGUUGUUAGGAACAUGCCGGAUCCCCACAAUCUUCCAAUAGUGGCUGGUUGGAAAAAGUAUCCACUUUUUUUUGGCACUGCUGUAUUUGCUUUUGAAGGCAUAGGAGUGGUCCUUCCUCUGGAAAACCAGAUGAAAGAAUCCAAACGUUUCCCACAGGCCUUGAAUAUCGGCAUGGGGAUUGUCACAGCUUUGUAUGUUACACUGGCUACUUUGGGAUAUAUGUGUUUUCGUGAUGAAAUCAAAGGCAGCAUAACUUUAAAUCUUCCCCAGGAUGUGUGGUUGUAUCAAUUGGUGAAAAUCCUGUAUUCCUUUGGCAUUUUUGUGACGUAUUCAAUUCAGUUCUAUGUUCCAGCAGAGAUUAUUAUCCCUGGAGUCACAUCUACAUUUCAUGCCAAGUGGAAGAAAAUCUGUGAGUUUGGGAUAAGAUCCUUCUUGGUUAGUAUUACUUGUGCAGGGGCCAUCCUCAUUCCUCGCUUGGACAUUGUGAUCUCCUUUGUGGGGGCUGUGAGCAGCAGCACACUGGCCCUCAUCCUGCCACCACUUGUUGAAAUCUUCACAUUCUCAAAGGAACAUUACAACAUAUGGAUGGUCCUAAAAAAUAUUUCCAUAGCAUUCACGGGUGUCGUGGGCUUCUUAUUAGGUACAUAUGUAACUGUUGAAGAAAUUAUUUAUCCUACUCCCACAAUUAUAGCUGGAAAUCCACAGAGUCCCUCUCUGAAUUUGAGUUCAAUUUGCUUUACACCAGGUUUGAAGUAGUGGAGUCAGAGAAAUGAGUCUUCUACUCUUACCUCAGCUCUGAAAAUGAUUAAAAGGAAGAACCAGUAAAGUGCAUUGCCAUGUGUUUUACAAUAGCACCAAACACUUAUUUCAUAGGAACAGUAAGUGGUGACAGAGUCUUGGUUUAUACAAUAGCCAUGCAUUUUUAAAAUUAAUUUUUCAAACUGAAAAAAUUAACUACAAUGGGUUGUUGAACAAAGGGGAAUUAGAUAAGGGCACAGGUAUAUACACAUACAUAUGUGUGUGUAAACAAAUGUUUCUCCAGACCAUCCUGGGAACAGUAGAGAAUACUUUCUCUGUAAUGUAAUGUGUCAUACAUUGAUUAUACUUCUCUUGGGUGACCAGUAUGUGGAUUGGCCCUGCAGUAUCAGAUUCAGAAAGCCUCCAACCGAAUUAUUCUGCUGCAUUGUAGCAGUAGACAGUUUGCACACUAAUCAAGAAGCACAGAGCAAAAUUUUGAUUUGGUGUUUCAGGCACGCUCGAAAGGGCCUUUAAUAUUUGUCCAAUACAAAUCCCUUAUUUAUCAUUGGAGGAAAUGGAGGCCCAGGAAGGUCUAGCAACUUACUCUGAAGUCACAAUUUUUUCAUUUUUCAUAUUGCAUCCACUAAUACAGAUUGUGCUCUGUUUAAUUUUAAUAUUUAGUCUGUUUAAUGAAACCUCUCAGAAUCCUGCCUUGCAGCCUCACAGUGUAAAUGUAGGAGAGCAGCAUGCUGGCACACAUUCCAGCCAUCAGCACACAUCCCAGCCACCACACUCAGGCCUCAACUGCCCUGUGCUCCUUCCCUUUUUGUGGAUUGUAGGGACCACUUUCCCCAAUGGCAGAAAGUAGAUGCUAUGAUAAAACGGAGGAUUUGUGCACUCCUUCCAGCCUUAGGGCUUUCCCUAUCUCAGUCUCCUUGAUCUGAGCGUGCAGGGUAAGAGAACUAUUAAAUGAAAAAUAGAAACAGCAGAAAGUUCUCUAAUCAGCAUUGAGGCACUCUAGCAUCCUACGGAGAAACUUUUGUCCAUCCUUGGCUUCCAAGUGCAUUAUUAUCUGGCACAGAAAUCCCAUUGGAUGGAGCACAUGAAAACUACUAAGUCUGAAGCAUAGAAUAAGAUCAUCUCCUGAUGUUUGUAAUUCACACUUUAGAAUUUGAACUUUUUAUUCAUCCUGGUAAUGUGUAAUACCAUGGAAAUACCAUUAAGCUCAUUGUAUAUAUCCUCUAUUUUUGUAUAUAAAUAUUAACUUAUUCAACUAUUUUUUUGCUUACAUCAUUAAUUGGUCAUCAGGUAUGAGCCUAAAAAUCUAUCAGAAGCUUUAUUUUGGUACAGAUUCAUAAGAAUUAAAACAUUUUUAAAAACAUCAACAUUACAUAUUAACUGUCUCAUACUUUUAUAUCAAAUCUGUAACAUUGCAUCUGUAGUUCCACUAAAAGAUGUGGACAAGCUGAUCUUCUUUAAACGUGACCUAAAUGUUAUGUAGUCUGGAAUCUAAGAAUAAGCUACAUGUUUUAAAAUUUUAUAAUGUUAUGAAAUGAAUUAAAAUGAUUAUUUAAUGGAAGUAUUUCGUUUUUGUCAGCUGCCUUCGUAUGUCUGUGUGUUCAAGUCACCUUUGUGCUUUGGCCUGUUAUUUAUUUCCUUAUGGAAUUAAGCCAAGUUUGGUGACAUCUUGGAUAGUUGAUCUAGUAGUACAUACAAUUUAAGUUCAGCACAAUCAAGUCUUGAGCCUUGUCAUCAGCCAGGCUUCCACAGGCAGUGAGGUGCUGUGUCAGCAUCUAGCUGUAGACUGUCUAGAUGGUCUGUUCUUCAGAGUGUGAAUUACUAACCAGAAACUAUUUAGAUGCAGAGUCUAACUGCACUCUUACUGUAGGACAAUUGAAUAUCAGAUACUUUUCUCUGAUACUUAGUUUUAAUGAGUGAUACCAUUUGCUAAGAAUGUUUGGAGAAGGUAUUUCUACUCGUGCACAUGUUGCUUUUACUUUGGGGUCUGGAGAAGUGAGUGAUUGUAUCCAUCAAGUUUCCUAUCUGCUCUGUUCUGCUUGGAAGUUGUGGCUUCUGUGGCUUCUGCUGCCACGGUGGAGGUCCUGCCUGAGGGCUGAGAACCAGGCACUCCAAGGUAGCUAUGCUCCCUCUUCUCCAGGAGAAGGCCAGCACCAUUGUCCACCUAUCAAACACCAGAUCUUUCCCCCACGUGGCAAGGCUUUGAGGGAAUUUUUAUCCAUCAGAGACCAGGUUACUGCGUGUUUUAACAGAGAACAAGUGCCGUGCUAGCAAAUGCCACAUUAUGUUUUAGCUCUUUGCAGUGGACUUGUUAAAACCAGUUCUGAUACUGUCUUGGACAGCAGACAAUUAGAGGCAGUUUAUGAUAGUAUUUGUGUUAGACGUUUCCUGACCGGUUUGUGUUUGCUUAGCAUUUUCAUAAUAUUUGCUUCUCAAAAUUCUGUCAACUGACAGUUCCAUGUCAGUGCCAUUCUGAGCUGGGGGAGGGGGGGCAGAGACCUGGCCAUUUUUAGCUGCUGCUUCUCUGCCCGCAGUGUCAGUACAACACCUGAGGAGUGUGCAGUGGUAGCAUACAUGAUGACACCUGGCAUCUCACUGCUCUCUCCUCACUUAAAAGGGAACAGACAGAAUAGAGUUAUCGAAGUAGUCAGAUAAUUUCAUGCCAGUGGCCAGUGUGUAUUAGUCUGUUGGGGAAUAAAAUAAUUUGGUUAAAAUAAUAGCAUUGAUAAUUUGGAUGUAAAAAAACAAAUUUGUACUGGUCCUGGGGUUUGAACUCACGGCCUAAGCGCU